CUCUGAAGCUUGAAGCUGAACUGAAACCCAUUGAAGCGUGGUUGGCUCACCUCCUCGCCUUUCCUCUCUCUCUUGCUCACUGGUUCACCGGAGCUACCUCAUCGCCUUUCCUCACAACUCAGGAUAUAAAUUACUGAAAAAAAAAAGAAGACUGCCUGAGUGAGAAAAUUUCGAUGAUGGUGAAUGCUUAAUAGAAAGGGAAAAUGCAGAAUGGGAGUCGGGAGAUAAUGGAAUCAGAUUAGAUUGUUACUGCAAUUGGCAAAAAUCAUAAUCAUUGUUGAUACAAAUUACAUUCUUUCUUCUAGAAAUUCAUAGGUUGGAUUAAUAAAAGUCUAAUUUAAUGUUAGUGGAGAUCGAUAUACCUCUCCUCCUACUGUAUAUUGUUACCAAUAUUGAUAUGCUUAAUGAUAACUUUGAGAAGAGAAGCUAUCCAUAGAUAAUGUGAUUUUCAUUUAGUGCAUUACUUGAGGAAAAGUUUGUUUUUCUUUUGUUAAAACAAGCAGUGUAAUCAGUACGGAUUCUUGAGUCGACUCACCCGAGUGCCCAACCCUCCUUCUCCGCCUCCCAAGCUUCCCUUCUUCUCUCCCGGCGGCGUACACAGUAGACUCCAUCACCCACUGCCUCCUCUUUCCCCUUUUCCUCAUAAUGCUCUCUCACUCACAUGUACAAGAUGGAGUUGCUGAAGGAGUUAUUGUGCCCCCAAAUUCUUCUGGGGAUUUGUCAUCAGAAAUAGAGGUUGCUGCUUUCAAACGCCUUUUUCCUCUUCGUUUCUUUGAACGUCAUCUUUCUGAGUCUAUAAGACCUGAUGGUAGAGCUCUUGGGAAAGCUAGGGAUUCAACUUUAGCUUUAGGAGCUGUUGCAUCUGCUAAUGGAUCAGCAUUGGCAAAGAUUGGUUUAACUACAAUGUUGGCUGCUAUAAAAAUGGAAGUUAUGACCCCUUCAAAAGAGUCACCAGAUAAGGGAUGCAUAGCCAUCGAGUUCCACAUGCCUCCGAUUUGCUCUCCUCUUGUCAGGCCAGGUAGGCCAGCUGAGGUAGCACCAGUUGUGUCGAAGCAGUUGUCUGAUACUAUUGUAAGUUCUGGCAUGAUCGAUUUGGAGGAAUUAUCGUUGGUUAGUGGAAAAGCUGCUUGGAUGGCCUACUUGGACAUAUAUUGUUUGGAUGCUGAUGGUGCUCUUUUUGAUGCUGCUUUGCUAUCAGCCGUUGCUGCGUUUUCUCAUUUGCAGAUUCCUGUAGUUUCCAUGAAUGAUGAUGGAAAAGUUAGUGUUGUCUCGGAAGAACAAGAUGAAGGAAGAGAUGCAGUGAAUAAAGAGAGAAGAAAACUCAAAUUAAGCAGGAUUCCAUUUUCGUUAACUUGCUUACUUCAUAAGAAAUACAUAUUGGCUGAUCCUACCGCUGAGGAAGAGUCGAUCAUGGAUACUCUUGUGACUGUGGUUUUGGAUUCUUCUGAUCAACUCGUGUCUCUUUACAAGCCCGGGGGAUCAGCUCUCGCCAAUACAUUGGCUGUUCAGGAUUGCAUUGCUUUGACAAGACAAAGAGUAAAGGAGCUGCAGAUGAUUUUAGACGAAACAAUUUCUAAAAUGGAAGUUGAUUAGUUUUAUUCUUCUUUUGAGGGAGUUGUCUUAUUAUUAGAUGUAUAUUCCUUUGAUGAGAAAGAUUUUUGGAAAGUGUCAUAAUUUUGGUUUGUCUAUGAACUAUUUCACAAUCUUCUCGUCUUUGGGACAUUUAGGAAAAAAGAGCUAGCUAGUGGAGAAUGAAAUUACCACUAUGUGGGGUGGUCUUUAUAGAUUUUGGUAUUAUGUAUUUCCACUUGAUGAACUCUAAAUUUUUGUCAUACCCUUUAAGUAGAUAAAUUUUGACCUAAAAUUUAGAAAGCAAUAUCUUCUCAAAACAAAUAUUUAGUAGUUACAAAGGGAGUCUCAUUCUGUGGAGAAUGAUUAAAAAAAAAGAGUUCUCUUCUCAAAGUUACAUUUUUUUGUAUAGCUCUUCCAAAUAUAUGUAUUAUAAAUAUUUUUUUA